UGACGCUUUGAACCGGCCAUCCAGGUAGGCGCCCAUUUGCUUUCCAAAUAUAUCAGUGUCAUUGCUUUUUGAGCAUAAACACAACGCCAAAAAUUCAAGUUCCGAUCUCCCACCACAGCAUUUCCAGAUCCAAAAUGAUGAAGACUACUGUCAAGAAGCUCAAGUUCUGGUCAAGAAAGAAGAAGAAAAAGAAAACCCCCUUCGAGCAUUCCCACAAUCUCUACCUGCAUCCUCCCCCAACGCAUCAUUGCUGCUGCUGCUCCUGCUCCUCCUCACUUCAGCCUUCCGCUCCGCCCAUCCCGGUGUGGCUCGAUGCCCAGCAGACCCCGGAGCCGGCUGUUUUCGCAGCUGCGGAUCGGCCGGGUUCAUCCGGUUUUCUAGCCGAUUCGAGUCGAGCUCACUUAGUUACCUCCUCGCAGGACUAUGUUUCAGAGAUCAGCCCGCUCUGUCCAACAUUACCCAUCACCAAUUCUUCUUAUCAACAGUAUUUGGUCCCAAAUCCUGCUUAUGGCGUGCCCAUUGUGCCUGCGGCUAGAGCAGAGAGGGCUGCGGGUCUUUUCCGGCGUGCAGCCAGCUUCGGCUACCAUUUGAUCCGCUGCUUCUGCCCGUGUUUUCGCAUUCGAGAAGUUUACUAGAACCGUUGGGAGUCUCCUGGGAGAUUUUUCUACGAGGCGUAUUUAUGCAUCCUUGGUAUUGUUUUGAACCCCUUAAAGAUAUAAAUAAAGAUGUUCCCCUGGAUUGUCAAAAUAUAAACUCAAACGGUUGAUGGGCUAUGUAAUCGCAAAAAUUUGCGCUGCUAUAGCGUAAAUGAAAUGAAUCCCUCUUACGUUGUGAUA